AUGGCGGACGUCGAUACCUCACCUCCAGCGGACACGUCCUCCAAGAUCGCUACGGCAGUCGCACCCGCCGCUGCCGCUCCAUCACCCACCUCGGUCCCCGCUCCGCGCUUCCUCCUCCACGAAAAGACCCUCGACCUGGCCUUCAACGACAUCUGGGCGAACAAUGCCAACGCUAUCUCGCACUGCUACUCCAACACAGAUGCACUCAAGGUGGACUUUACCCGCACCGGCAAACGAAGCUGGCUGGGGAUGAUCAAUGAUGCGACCAACAGCGUCUACCGCAUGGUCCAAGGCGCAGUGACCGACUUCUUCCGGCAGACCGUGCUUGACUUCACCUACGGCUCCAUCGGGCUGCAUGGGCUGGAGAAGUACUAUGACGAUCUGAACAGUCGAGACCCGAGCGAGUCGGUGCGUUUGGCGAGGGUCAGGGCGAGCGCGAUCGAGAGCUGCACGCGCGAAGUCGUACCGGAAACCGAAGAGGUGGUCGGAGGAUGGACACUGUGUUCUCCACUGCAGAAGGACACAGUGCAGGCGCUGAAGCUGGAAGAGAAAGUGGUGCUGCUGACGGCGAAAGCGCUCUACGUCUGCAGCUACGAUUUCGGCAGCGAGAAGCUCAACGAGUUCACAAAGGUCCUCGUCGGCGACAUCGUCGGCAUCCAAGAAGGCCUCUAUGUCAUCUCGCCGAACGACUCGUCCCAUCCGGACGAUAAUUGGGGGCUGGUAGUGAUAUACCUCAACAGCAUCUCGCGCACCAACACCGCUGCCUCGAUGAAAAACAUCAACCUCGACGCCGCCUCGGCUGCUGCUGCUGAGUCCACUCACAUCUUUGCAUUCCGCGCAAUCACCGACGAGCUGGGCGACACGGUCGUUCCCGACAUUCACGCAGGAGCACGCUCGCGGCAUCUCCACCACACCGUCAAAGCCACGUCACGCGGCGAGGCCGAGGAGGACGACGAGGAUGGCUGCAUCACAUCCAAGCAGAAGGUGCGGCGCAUCGUCGAGCACCUCCGCGUGGCCUGCAGCGACGCAGGCGUGUUCGACAUCGACGACGAGACUUCCGAGGGCAAGACGCAGUUUGUCACCCACGAGACGAUUCAGAGCCUGGAUGAGGCUAAGGCCAUGAUGCCGUACUUUGGCGAGCUGAUUGAGGGGCUGAAACGCCGUCUCUGGCUGUGA